ACUUUUGAGUUUGAGUUGACAUUUGUAGGUUUAGUGCAGGUCAAAAUUUGAACCAUUUUCCAUCUAUAAGUUUUGUACAAAAAUCAAGUAAUACUAAAAUAGUCUUGCCAGCCCAAAACAGUCCACAUUAAAGAACGACCUGCAUGCAAUAGAUUAGGCAUUUCUUAGUAAGAAUGGCCAAUAGCGAUGUGCGAGGCACUGCAGCCAACGAACAGCCGCAGAACGGCAGCACUAGGCUAACACAGGCUACGAGAAUUCCAGCGCCAGUGGGCUUUGAUGCAAAAACAAGGAAGUACACGAGUCUGGUGAGAUCGCAGGACGACAGCUUCAGCAGCACCAGCACGCUGGUGAACAACUCGGCCGACUCGGGCGUCCAGCUGGAGUACAACUCGAGUGCGAGUGCGGAAUGCGAUGCGCUCUCUUGUGGCAGCGCUGCAUCCAUGCUGACCACAGAUAGUCUGAUGGAAUUGGAGCUGGAGGAUCGUAAGACAUUGAAGGUGCUGCUGCGUGCUGUGGCCGAAAUGGAGCAAGAUCUGGCACUGCAUGCAGAUACUGCAGAGCAGCAGCUGCAUUUGCAGCUGGAGCCGCAGCUUAAGCAGCAAGUGCAGCAUGAAGUCAAUCGGCAGACAGCAGCAGCAGCAGCGGCAACAAUGCCCGAUGAGCAAUCAAUCGGUGGACAGCCACGUAAGCUUGUGCGUGUGGAGCAGUUGCUGGGCUUAAAGCACGACAACCACAUGGAUCUGCAAAGCACCAUGCACAGUCUGCUCCAUACGAACAACGAGCAGCUGGCCAAUGCCAACGAAUCAGCAGCAGCAGCGCCAGCAGCAGCAACUGUCGCAGCAGCUGAGCUGCCAGCUGACAAGCUGUUGGAGCUGCAGAAGAAUGGCGGCAAUAAUCUAGCCCAAUGGCUAAAGCUGCUGCAUUCGAUUUGUGGCCACAAUCUGCGCAAAUUCAGCGUUCCUCUACUCUUCUGUGGUGUAGCCGCCAGCUUGAUCUACUACUUUCGCAAAGAUUAACUGGCCCAAGUAAUGGCCCAAGUUGUACACUUCCAUUCUGUUUGAACAUCGCAUUGACAUGGCACCAAAUUCCCUUACUCUCUUUUCAAAUCGACAAGCAACAUGUAACAAAUUACUAAAACAAGGCAAUAAAUCAACAACUAAAUAAAUAUAUACAAAGCACACACUAAACAGAUAUUUAUUAG